UUUUCGUCUGCUGGGCUACUGGGACUAACACAAUUACGAAGACAAAGUCAAUUGUUCGGAUACGUCAUUUAUUGUUUUCUUUGAAUAAUUAUAUACCUUUAUUGUUUGUAGAUUAUCUCCGUAAGUGUGAUUGGUCCUGUUUACUAAAUCUGUUUGAAAUUAUGGGUAAAAUAAUGGGUAUUGUAUGGGUAUUUUAUUUCCGGAGCCCUCCAUGUUGUGUUUAAGCCUUGGUCCAUAAAAAAUUACAAAUCAUUAAAACCCUAAUAGGUAAUGUUUAAUUUCCUUUAUUUUUUAUUUUUUAAGAAAUUAAAAAAAUGUUCAUCAAUAAACUUCAAUUAAUUUUUGUUAUUAUUUUCUUCACUUUCCUUUGCUGCUACGAAAUAGAUGCAUGUAUACAAGAAUAUGGCAAAAAUGGUUAUACUCAUAAAUGCGAUCCUACUAGGAAGGCAACUAAUUGUUGUGCAGGCUUAAAAUGCACUGCAGCCACUGGUUGGAAGUGUGUUAAAACAAGUGGUUGA